CAUCUCUUCGAUUUCUCGUGUCCUGCAGCGUUAGUCUGAUUUGUGGCCUAGUCAAAUUUACAGUGUUUAAACGCUUCGGGCCCACAGUUUGACGAAUUAUUGGUUUUAACCCAAAGUUCGUUUUAGUCGACACGCGACUCGCUCAAAAUUUUUAACGUCGUGAUUUUUUGUUAGCUCCCUUUUUUUCCCCCAAUGUCCUCCUACUUUCAUACUCUCUUUUUUUUACUCCAAUAUCAGUGGAUUUCGAUAGUUGUCUCUGUGUCACAAAGUGCUGAAUAAAUGACCGAGGACAUUCUUGAUGGUGUGAGAAUCGUUUUACUUUCUUUUAUCUGGUAUCGAGAGGAUUGGAAGUGCUGACGUGUUUUGAAUACAACAGGGCUGGCUAGUCACAAGAGAGAGAACUCGCACAUAUGUUGGACAAUCUUUCUUGGAACCAGAAACUAACAUUGAAAUUAUGGAUUUAAUUUCUCAUCAGAACAUUCAUUAGAACACAACGAUAAACUGGAGUUUGUUCUUUUCACAUUUAUAUGACGUAGUUUUCCUUAAGAAAUUUAGCGUUCCACAAAAAGAUUUACCAAUGCGUAAAUAUAUUUUAAUCUGUUCUCUCACCUUGCAGCUCAGAUAACUAUUUACUGCACUUUAUUAUUGGAGCCCCGCCACUGGUAGAAAUGUUUUACCUCUCUUGAAUACGCUCUUGGAAUAAGUACUACACUCGCUCAGAUUAUGUCAGAUGGAAAGACAGCUGUGAAUAUAUCAAACGUUCUGGACACGCUUCUAGAAGGAUACGACAAAAGACUGCGUCCAGGAUUUGGAGGUGAAGCAGUUGUUGUCAACGCUGAUUUAAGCUUACGUUCUAUGGGGCCAAUAUCUGAAUUAGACAUGAUUUACACCUUAGACUGCUACUUCCGGCAACGAUGGAUGGAUCGGAGAUUAGCUAUGAAUGUAUCCCUAGAAAACUUGACCCUAGGGAUCAAAAUACUGGAACGAAUCUGGCACCCCGACACCGUAUUCUAUAACGGUCAGAAAAGCUAUCUUCACGCCAUCACCUCCCAUAAUAGAUUUCUACGCAUUGGGGCCAACGGAACAGUGUUAUUUUCACAAAGAUUGACCAUACAGGCCACUUGUAGAAUGCAUCUGGAAAAUUUCCCAAUGGACAUCCAGCACUGCCCACUGAUGUUUGGAAGUUUUGCCUACUCCAUCGAAGAUGUUGAAUACAACUGGAGAUAUGGUCAGAGUAAAUCUAUAGAAUUAGCGCCUGACCUAAGGCUAUCACAGUUUGACCUUGUUGGUUUCCCGCUCACCAAUUACACGAGGCUUGUCAAAGGGGAUCUACACUCUGUUUUGUGUGUUACCUUCAAACUUAGUCGUCACGCUGGCUAUUUCCUAAUUAAUUUAUAUCUGCCCUGUUGUCUACUAGUCGUUCUGUCCUGGGUGUCUUUCUGGAUCAACAGAGAGGCCACAGCUGACAGAAUAGCGUUAGGAUCUCUGACGGUACUCACCAUGACCAUUUUAGGCAUAGAGAAUAAAAGCCAAUUACCUAAAGUCUCUUACAUCACAGCCCUGGACGUGUACGUGGCCCUCUGUUUUGUCUUCGCCAUAGCAACCACCAUCGAAUUCGCUGUGGUCCAUUACUUCACAAAGUACGGGACAGGGGAGCCGUUAAUGUUGUCCAGUGACGAGGACAGUUCUGAGGACGAGAUUUCAGAAGAAAACACAAGUUUGGACUCACUGACUUUGCAGAAUGGAAAAUUUAAAGUUCAAGAUUACCCCUGGCCACCAAACGCUGUGAAUGUCAAAGUUGGUGUCUUGGCCAAAUUAUGUCAUUGCUUAACAAGAACUAAAACGAAAGGAGUUGUUCCAAAGGCAUACAAGGGGAAGGUAUCCGUGUUCAGCAACAGUGUUAGUCAAGUAGACAGGGCGUCCAGAGUUCUGUUUCCACUUACAUUUACCAUAUCCAAUGUUGUUUAUUGCAUAGCUUAUUAUUUAUGGGCAUUUUCAGAGUAAAUAUCUAUGCUAGAUGGAUCGCAAGGUCUGAAAGAGAUACUUUACUUUUUUUAACACAGCGCACACUCACUAAAUCAUAUCUAAGACAAACAAUGCAAUGGACAAACAGGGCCAUGUGUUGUUGUUGCUAUGUACACUGUCAGCAGUAUUGUAAAUAUAUAUUUUUUGUUUGGUAGUGUUUCCUCUGACCAGUUCUAUACCAUCUGAUUCAUGUCAUUUGGGCUUUCAUUUAGAUACAACUUGUCUGUACUAGUUUGUUUCUUAACAAUAAAAUUUUAUAACAUAG